UAGUGUGAUGAAUGACCCAGUAGAGAACAUAACACCACAAAAAAAAAUAAGAUUAUAGCUAUACUUUCAGAUCCACGAAAGUUGAAUCUAAGAAAAUCCCAUCUUCAAAGAAGGAAUAGACUUCCCAAGUCUUAUACAUAAUAAUCUUUUUUGGUCUCCAAGGUAAUAACAAGUAAAGUACAACAUAUUAUUUCUGUUAUUUUAAAUCCUCUUAUAAGCUACACAUCUCAUAUAUUUUUUACAAUCUCAACAAACUUACAACAGAAAAUCAACCCAAACCAGUUUACAGUUACAACUUCCUUAGCUUCUAUCAGAACAGAAAUUACUAUAUAUAUGUAUAAGCAGAGGAGGAGAAGAGAUCUUAUCGCAUCAGCAAAAAGCCCUUCAAGAUUUUGAGUAAUCUCCAAGAAGUUCCAGAGAGAGAAAGUGAGAAUAGUCUCGUGAGGGUUUCAUGUAAGAAAGAAAAGAGUGAUAGUUAGAGAUCUGGAAAAGAUAGAAAAACAGAGAGAAAAGCAAGGAGAAGAAAAGUUCAGAGGUUACCAGUCGUCUGUGUGGCUUGGAUCCUCUUCGAUGUACCAGAAACCUUCUUGAUAAUAGUGCUACUGACUGAGUCGCACCCCUGAGGCGAGCUCGACGAGGAAGUAGUCCAUAGAUUGGGACGAACCUCGAUAAAACUGUUUGCUCUUCUUCUUCUCUGAUCUCUUCUCUUUUUCUUUUGAUUGUUUUGGUUCCAGAUCUUGCUUGUGUGCCCUAGGUCUCGUUUAUUUUUCUUCUGAGUGUUUGUGCAAGAUGAAAAAGAUGACAUAAUCUGAAAAGAAACAUAAAGCUACUUAUAAGGUUUAGAUAUUAUUGAUAAAGUAAAAUAGUAAAAGAAAACGUGUUCAAUUCUCAGCCAUAUUUUGUGUUGAAGUAAAAGGUCAGUAGUGACCUUGUGGUGUCUAAUUUUUACUGAGUUGGUGUAGGGUCAGUUUGGUAAAACCUACAAUUUCUUUAUGCGCCCUCCAAGAAUGAAGGUUUCCUUUGUGCUUUCCCACUUCAUGUCACUUAUUUUUUUUAUCAUGUGUGAGCUCUUACCUUCUCACAAACUAAAUCAACAUAUAUGUCUUAUUCUUAUGUUAUCAGAUUAGGACUGCUAUUCUUGUGGUUGUUGUGUAUGAUCUUCAGUAUGAUUGCCUAUGCCCCUCCUCUUUCUGCUAUGAAAACAGUGUAUUUGACAAAAAGUGUUGAGUACAUGCUUUUCCUUCUCUCGCUUGUCUUUUUCUUGGUGGAGUUUGGGCUGUCUAUGCUGUACUUGCAAAAGACACAUUUGUUGGAAUACCAAAUGGGACUGGAUUUUUCCUUAGAAGUCUUCAGCUGGUUCUAUAUGCAAUGUACUGGAAGCCAAAGUCAUCUGGGCAAGUGGGGGACGAUUUAGACGAUCAACAGCAGACCAAACCGCUCAUCAAAUCUUCAAAACAGUUGGAACAGACAAACGAAGAUGGUGUUGCUGUCAUUGUAUAAUUCUGCUCAUAAAUUGUCUGUAUAUGCCACAAGGAAAAGGUUUUGAUAAUAAGGAUAAUAUUCUCGUACCAAGGGAAGAGGAAUGUAAGACAUCUUUAUGGCUAGCUAGUAGCUACUACCAUCAGAUGUCUUUUUUUUUUUUUUUUUUCUGUACUUGGCAUUAAAAAGAUUUUUAGAACUUCACCAUUUUGGUUUUUCAUUGAAUCUUCAUAUCUUAUAGGUACUAUAAGCACUGGACUAUUAGGUACUAGAAAGGCAAUUCUAUUAGAAAUAGCCUUGUGUCAGACCUGUUUGGUUAGGUGAGAAAUUGGCUGAUGAGAUUUCACAUUAUCAGAUUCCAAUAAUUUGAAUAUUCUUUACAAUCUGUGGGGAAUAUCUGGCCUGUAGAGGUGUGUUGGAUAGUUAGAUUACUAUGAUUUAUGGAAGUUGAAAAAUCAGUUACCCACAAACAUUGUGAGGAAAAGUUACUA